CUUCUGCAUGGGCCUGCUUGACCCAACACUAUGAUGGUGUUAGCCUACACUUUUGUUUGCUGUUUGAGAAAGGUCUCAUGUCCUGCUGUAUGAUUUAAAUUCUCACUUGGAGUGAAAUGGAGGACGAGGAUGUUGACAUUGGUUAUAAUGAGCAACCUAUACCCGCAUCUCUCCUGUCUGGACACACAAGGAUAAGGCAGUGGGGAACUCUACUCACGUGAAGAGUGUGCCAAGACUAUUGAGUUCACCAGAGCUGAUACAGGGGCCCUCAAUGCGUGGAAUUGGAGUCGCAUUUGAAUGGAGCGACAAUCAAUUCCCCAAGGAGAAAACAAGCUCCAGCCAGUGGAUUGGGUGAGCUGGAAGAUGCAUCAACGAGAAGCAAACUUGUGUGGAGGGGGAAGAUUGUCGUCGAGAUGGAGGAGUGUGGCAGGAAAAAAUGUAUGUGCUCUAAUGUCUGGGGGUGGCAUCUUACUUCUUGAACCGUUAAUAAUCUAGGGAAUAGUGCUCAUCAGAAUGAGAGGCAAGUACCUCCAGAAAAGCUUCACAGGGCUGCUCUAUUGAAAAAUCAAUAUGCAGAUUUAAUCUUGAAGGCUCGAGAGAGAAGUUUUAAUCAGGUUAGCUUUGUUUUGUGGAGCUCUGUUCUGGUGACCUUCUAAUAACUAACUUUAAGAAACUAAUUCUUCUAAUAAGUCUGUCAAGAUCUUGUAAAAGAGAAAACAAAUACGCUCCCCGACACAGAUAUCGAAGCAGCUCUUACGCCCAUGGAAUCCGACGCCGGCAGCUCCGUAGCUCGCCGGCGUCGCCGCCUCUCCGUCGUCGUCAUUUCCUUUGUCUCUCUUCCGCUCCAUGUUACCUUGUUACUUCACGAGUUCCUUGUGGGCUUGGGUUUCUUAUGCUCGCUCAUCGUCGCUAUGUGCUGGAGAUGCUGCCGUUGCUGUCACUUUAUCCUUUGGCUCUUGCUUAUCCCUUCUUCAUCUCUAUUGACUGCAAUAGUUCCAGAUCUGUUUCAUAAGACCAGCACUUCUUCGAUUUGUUAUUCUCAGAUCCCAGAUCUAAAGCUGUUACGACGUGUGUUCCCCUCUUCGUCUCCUACGACGUUGAAUUUUCUCCCUUCGGGGAAGAUCGAUGCUAACUGGUUCAGCUGUCCGUGUGGCUCUCGUACUAGUCUUCCAGGUUCUCUGUUCGUCAGAUCUAUGAGGCUCAACGGCUCUAAGUACUACUACCGAACUAUCUCGACGAAAUUGCUCCCGUUCGAUGACCCACGAACCAAUCCAUGUUUAUUGCAAACACCAUUUGAAGCUGCACAUACCGACGACUGCUCAAACUUUCUCAGUCUGCUUGACCACAACGACCAAUGGCUAGGUUUUGGUUCCGUCAAAUCUCCCGGGCUCCAACACGGUAAUGCUGGAGUGGGAAGCGUUUGCCUGGAAUCAACGCUAGUUCACUCAGAAGUUGGUGUCAAGCCCAUCUCUUUGUCUGCCGGUAUUAAGGUGAAAAGCUCUUUAACGACUAAUUUCUUUAUGGUGAAGAUUCAUAGCUGUAAUGCAGUUCCCGCCAGACUACUAGAGUGGUUUAGAUGCUGGGUACACAAAGGUCAAUCUCUCCAGGCAAUGAAGUAUCUGUUUGUUGACUCGAUGGUCAAUAUCUUACAACAAUGCUCAGCUUCAUCUUCUAAUCUGAGACUUCUAAAGCUCGACAGAAACAGCCCUUUUAAAUCAUCUUUUGAGGAUGAAUUUAAUCAAAUUUCCUCUCGACAGGGCCGAGAGAGAUCUUUCUCCAUGUCCUCCUUCUCAAAGGAGAGAAUUAUUCCACCAAUUUCCCUCUGUAUAAGAGGUGAUCCUCUCCCGGCAUUCAAAACCCGGAAAAAUUACCAAUUUCCUAGCCGUUUGCUAUCUUGUGUGAAGGUCCGCUUGGGGCCGGUAGAUGCAACGACUCUCAUACGAAUGAGAGUUGAGGUUUUGGAUGGUGCUGCGACGUCAUAUGCUAUUGUGACUAAUCGUUCGUUAUUUGAAGAUUUUGAAGUGCGGUUCAAUAGGAUCGCAAGUGGCAACUUUAAUAUCUUUCGUAACAUUUUAUCAAACUUUUAUAAGUUUGUGUCUCUAUCCUCGUAUUCUAUCGUUUUAUAUGUUUGGGGUUUAGCCUUUUGUUUCGCACAUCGUGGGCUGUACGAUGUUGCUUCUACUCGUGUAAUCGCUUAGAUCAUCAAUGAAAGACUUUGGUGCACAAAAAAAAAAGAAACUAAUUCUUCUGAGACGAAAAUAAGAAGGGAGACCCAGAGAAAAUGAGACGAGAGAGGGAAGAAGUCGAAUUGCAAUAGAAGAAAGAAAAAGCACGGUUACAAGCAGAAGCCAAGGAAGCGGAAGAAGCUAGAAGAAAAGCUGAGGCUGAAGCUGCAAACUGGAACUUGAAAGAGAAGCAGCCCGCAAAGCUUUGCUUGAGUUAAAGAAGAAGCUAGCUAUGAAUGUUGGUUGUUAUGAAAGACGGAAUGAAAUAUUAAUAAUGAUAAUGGGUGAACAACAAACAGAUGGAGAAGUCAGUAGAAAUAAACGAGAACUCAAGGUUUUUCAAGGACUUAGAACUGCUGAAAACAACAACACAAACAAGGGAGCAAACGAGAAUAACAAGAGAGGAGGAGGAGGAUGGGUUGGGGUGUUUUGGGUUUGGAGGCAGCAAUCCUCUAGAGCAGCUGGGGCUAUUUAUGAAACAUGAGGAUGACGAUGAAGAAGAAACUGAGCCGAUGGUUGCUUUGCCAGAUCAUCUUGGCAUAAAUGAAGAAGUGGAGGAGGGUGAAAUCGAUUGAUUCGGUUGUUGCGCCUUAGUGUGGUGGGUUUGUAACAUGUAUGAUAUAGUUUGGUAGGUAACAAAUUUGAGUCUAAAUUUUGGUUUUAACUGAAUGAUGAACCAAACCGGAAGAGA